AUGGCACCAACUCAGCUGGAAAUCAAGGUAAGGGCAUUGCAAAGAUUGGUGAAGGAAGAAAAUUAUUAUCAAGAAGAGUUAAAAGAACAAAAGGAGCGCGUAGAGCAGCUGCAGCAAGAUUUUUCAGUUGAUCCCUAUGACUUAAAGAAGCAUGUUGAAGUUAUGCAAGAUACUGAAAGAUUGUUGCCAAAAUUCUACGAAAAGGUUGAGCAAUUCUAUGAAGAUUUGAAGAACUUCUUAGGAGAUUAUCAAGGGGAUGAAGAUACUACCGACGCAUAUAAAGUUCUAGAUAGUGCUAAAGAGUUAGUUGCUAACAAAUAA